UGGUGAUGUCGCUGCUUCGUACCUGAAUUUGACUACGGUGGACCAGCCCGAAUCUUUCUCGUGGUUGACGGCUGCUUUACCCCCUGCUCACAAAGAGUCGGUAUACAUAAUUUUGGGGGACGUGAUCUUUAUUUCAACGGUAGAAACUUUCUCACUGAUGUCUAUUCCCAUUUUUGACACAUGUUGUGGUACCCUAACCGAUUUAUCAGGUUGUUUUGCAUGACUUUGUUCUCAUAUGGAGGCUUCAUGUGGCGUGGAACAGGACAUACCUUAUCUGUAUCCCCUCAGUGAUACUGUUGCUGGCGAGCGGUGCACUAUCGUACGCAGCCGUAAGGAGCCCACAGAGUCCGGUCCCCAUGAUGUCAGUCCAGGCUCGGCUUCGAAACUGGCAUUGCAUUGCGAUCUAUACCGGCGCGUUCAACAACAUUCUUACACCAUCGCUGACAGUACACAAACUCCUCCAACUGAAGAGCGAGAUAGCAAGCACCUCGACUUCGAGCAGUGACGCUACCCGUGACACAACGUCAGUAAUCCCCACAGGAACCGAUCUCCAAAUGCAAGAAGCCCGUAGGGAAACUGAAAAAGACCUGAAUGGAGCCAUUCUUAUCGUUAUCUCUUACUCAGCCCUUUUCGUCAUUAUCCUGUCUCUAGGAAGUUUUUUCAUUAUCGUUAUGCCUGAAAAAGCGAUUUGGUAUAUGAGUUUACUGGCUCAGCUAACGGGAGUGCUUCCAGUGUUACUUAUGAUCAAUUCAUGUUACAAGAAGAAGAGGACGCAAGGUUCUGCGUAACUUCUCCUGAGCAUAGCCCAACCAUACUGUUCAUAAUCAAUAAUCCGAUGUGCACCAGUUCCUAUCACAGUUCCAAGUGGCGGACUCUACGUAAGGCCCUACCAAGGACAUGGACUGAUAAUGUCCACCAAAAGCACGCACACUCUCCUACCUGACUGGGCCGGGAUUGCUGUCAGUCAGCGAAUGUAAAUAUCAACUCGCGGGAGGGGCACUGUACUAGUUCAGGUACUAGUUUGCAUUAAGGCCAUUUGCCAUAUAUAAUGCAGACACCAGAUCCCUUGUGGCAAAGCGGUUUGUCCGCUCCUAUUUGGUGCGCUGUCGCAAGGUGUGG